CUUUUCUAUCAGGGACCACGUGGACCCCCUGGUGAACCUGGAAAACCGGGUCCUAAAGGAAACUCUGGUAAAUCCAUAUUAAUUGGCCCAAUUGGAAAACCGGGACUGGAAGGCAUGCCUGGAUAUCAAGGUGCUGCAGGGCCUGAUGGGCCGCCGGGUCCCAUGGGACCUCCAGGAGCUGCAGGAAAAAAUGCCACUUAUUGUCUUUGCCCUGCCCGUGGAGAUCCCGACGGACCACCGCGUACUUUAGCAGUCGCGAAACCCGUGGAACCAUAUUAA